UACAAACAAAACGACCAAAAACUUGAGAAAAACUCGAGCAUUAAAUAUCAGACAUAAAAAUGUCGAGUUGAAAUCUGCCUAUAUAAAUAAAGAUCUUCCAAAUCAGUUUAAGUCGAAGAAGAUGAAAGUUCUCUCCUUUAUUCAACAUCUAACUGCCAUCAAUUUACUCCAAAGUCUAGAAGUACUACAGCUUGAUACUCCCCCAUAUGUAAAAGUAGGCCAAGGAUACACGAUGAACUGUUAUUUCGAUCUAGAGGGAGAAUCUUUGUACAGUAUAAAGUGGUUCCGCGACACUGAAGAAAUAUUUAGUUAUAUUGCAACGCUUUCUGAUACAGGAGUAAGUACUGUGGCCACCUCUGUUCCUGGAGUUUACAUAGAGAGCACCAAUGUACUGCCGGAAUCCCAGUCAACAAUUGUAUUUGGAAAUUCAUCUUUUCUCAGUACUGGACUGUACCAGUGUGAAGUGAAUGGUGAUGGUCCCCGCUUCCUAUCUCACUCUGAUACUAAGAAGAUAACUGUUGCAGAGACUCCCAGUAGUGCGCCUGAGAUUCAAGGAUUGCCUGCAAUUUUUGGACCUGGAGACUUUCUGGAUCUAAAUUGUUCAAUAUACAAUACAUCAGAGCCUAUCAUCUAA